ACCUCGCGUUGCUUGGACGUACAUACAUUUCGAUCGGCGCGUCGUCUCUCGAAGAUCGUCCGUCUGGCACAGCUAAAUCCCAACGAGGUGCUCACAUACAAGUCGUGGUCGGAGAACCCGUAUCAAGGAUUACGAAACGGGCGUCUGGCAUUGCUCAUACGCAGCGUGUGACGUGCUCGAAAACAACGAUCAAAGGAAUCGAAAAAAGGAGUUGACCGCAGUCCAUGCCAAUCGCGUGAUCACAGAGCAGCCGCAACGAACCGCAGAUCUUCCAGCGAAAAAGGAGAGCAGAAUAUGGUGCAGGAUCAGGGGGAGACGACAGCCCUGCCGGAGGCACUGCUGAAGAUUGCCAAGCGGGAGCUGCGCGAGGAUCGAUGCACGCGGGAGCAGUCGCUGGAGCAGCUGCGCAACUGGGUGGCCAAGAACGAGGAUCUGCAGAAUGUGCGAUGCGACGAUACCUUCCUGCUGCGCUUCCUGCGCGCCAAGAAGUUCAGUGUGCCGAUGGCCGAGCAGACGCUGCUCAAGUACUUGAACAUCAGGAGGACGUUCCCGCACAUGAGCACCAAGCUGGACUAUCUGGAGCCGCGACUCGGCGACCUCAUCGAUCAGGGAUACAUAUUUGCGGUGCCACAGCGGGACAAGCACGGUCGCCGCGUGGUGGUCAUCAAUGCCAAGGGGUUAAAUCCGAAGAUCCACACCAGCUGCGACCAGGCCAAGGCGCAUUUCCUCACCUACGAGUGCCUGAUGGAGGAUCAGGAGACGCAGAUCACUGGGCUAUCGCAUGUGGGCGACUUCUCCGGCGUGACCACGGCGCAUGUGACCAACUGGAAUCCCACGGAGUUUGCCCGCAUCUUCAAGUGGGGUGAGCAAUCGCUGCCCAUGCGUCACAAGGAGAUCCACCUGAUCAAUGUGCCAUCCACACUCAAGUGGCUCAUUGAUUUCGUGAAGAACCGCGUCAGUUCCAAGAUGAAGAACCGCCUGAUCAUCUACGGCAGCGAGAAUGAGCUGAUGAAGAGAGUGGACCAGGGCUGUCUGCCGCUGGAAAUGGGUGGCAAGGUGCCCAUGCGCGAGAUGAUCGAGCUGUGGAAGCAGGAGCUGGCGAGCAAGCGCGACCUGAUCCUCGGCCUGGACAAGAGCAUACUGCUCUCCGAUCGCGGCAUCCAGCGGCGCAGCAGCUUCAAUGCCGAAAAGGCCUCCACCGGCGGACCCAACUUCGUUUCACAAAUCGAGUCCAUCGAGGGUAGCUUUCGGAAACUGGAGUUCGACUAGCCGAUCGCCAGUUGUAGUUUAAGUUUAUAGUCCUUAGUCUUAGGCAACAUCCAAUUAAUUAACCCAAUGCGCAACGCUUCGCCGGUCCCCCGAUCCUGGCCAGCGCCCGAUCCUGGGGAUCCCUGAUUCGCUUAUCGGUGGCAACCGCUUUACUCAUCCUGCGCUUCUUUGUAUACUGUUUGUGUUUGGCGUACAAUAAACGAGAGGAAUAAUUUGAAAUGA